GUUAGUGCUCACGCCCGUACCUGUUUGCUAGUUUGCUGAGACACCUGUCAGAGACCAAAGACUUUCCUUCUGCUCACUUCGGCCACACUCAGCUGUGUGAACAUUGCCGUGUUGGACAUUUGAUUAGAACAGGCUGCCUGUAGGGGAAAAUACAGAGAUCCCAUCAGAAGAAACAUGUCAAAUGACCGAGCAGCAGUGUUUCGCACCACUAAAGUACGAACAAAGCUGAGGGGAGACGGCAGCUGGCUGCAGCAACAAGAUGAACCUGAUGCUGAAACUCAGGAGGAGGAGAAGCCAUGGUUGGCAGACGUUAGAGCAAGGCGUUUGAACGGAGCUCCUAUUGAUACAAGUCCAGUUUCCUCACCAGUGAAAACCACCCCGCCACCAGUAAAGUCUGACACUGAGAGUAAACCAUCAACUCAAGGGUACUUGAUCAGAGGUGUUUUUACUAAACUAGAUAAUCCUGUUUCAUCUCCAUCAUAUAAUGGUCCCAGCAAACCAAAACUGUUCACUAAAAGACCUUCAGAGAGUUACAAGAAAAUAGCCCCUCAUACUGUGAGGAGCUCUUCAGAGAACCCAGAGGACCAGCUUAGCCCCGAGGAACAGGAGAAACGGAAGGAGGCUGCCAUUUCUGUUCUGAAGAAAAAACCUUCCAAACGGUCCUAUGUUCUGUCCGCUGCUAAGCUAUACGAAGAUAAAGAUACAUCACCUGAAACUUCUCCAGCCAGCAGCAGUCCUUCAUUUGUGGCUAAAAGGGUGGAGAUUGUUGAUGAUAGCAAGAGCGCUCCAACUCCAUCCCCUGCCAGCACUGUAGCACCAUACCCUGCCGUUCCUCCCACAUCUGCUGCCUCUACUCCUGCACCCAAACCACAGACAGCGGUCAACACCACUGUGAAGACAACUGAUGAGUCAGCUGUCAAGGAGCCUGUAAAUCCAAAGGCAACCAAUCCUCCUGCUAAGCUAAACGAGGUUAAAGAUAUAUUACCUGACACUACUUUGGCCAACAGCAGUCCUUUAUUUGUUGCUAAAAGGGUGGAAGUUGUUGAUGAUAGCAAGAAAGCUGCACCUCCAGCACCUUCCAGCACUGUGGCAUCAUCUGCUGCCUCUACUCCUGCACCCAAACCACAGACAGCGGUCAACACCACCGUGAAGACAACUGAUGAGUCGACUGUUAAGGAGCCUGUAAAUGUAAAGUCUACCAGUCCCGCUGCUAAGCUAAACGAGGCUAAAGAUACAUCGCCUGACUCUACUUUGGCCAGCAGCAGUCCUUCAUUUGUAGCUAAAAGGGUGGAGAUUGUUGAUGAUAGCAAGAGCGCUCCAACUCCAUCCCCUGCCAGCACUGUAGCACCAUACCCUGCCGUUCCUCCCACAUCUGCUGCCUCUACUCCUGCACCCAAACCACAGACAGCGGUCAACACCACUGUGAAGACAACUGAUGAGUCAGCUGUCAAGGAGCCUGUAAAUCCAAAGGCAACCAAUCCUCCUCCUAAGCUAAACGAGGUUAAAGAUAUAUUACCUGACACUACUUUGGCCAACAGCAGUCCUUUAUUUGUUGCUAAAAGGGUGGAAGUUGUUGAUGAUAGCAAGAAAGCUGCACCUCCAGCACCUUCCAGCACUGUGGCAUCAUCCCCUGCCGUUCCUCCCACAUCUGCUGCCUCUACUCCUGCACCCAAACCACAGACAGCGGUCAACACCACUGUGAAGACCACUGAUGAGUCGGCUGUUAAGGAGCUUGCAAAUCCAAAGGCAACCAAUCUUCCUGCUAAGCUAAACGAGGCUAAAGAUACAUCACCUGACACUACUUUGGCCAGCAGCAGUCCUUCAUUUCUGACUAAAAAGGUGGAGAUUAUUAAUGAUAGCAAGAGCGCUCCAACUCCAGCACCUGCCAGCACUGUAGCACCAUACCCUGCCGUUCCUCCCAUAUCUGCUGCAUCCACUCCUGCACCCAAACCACAGACAGCGGUCAACACCACUGUGAAGACCACUGAUGAGUCGGUUGUUAAGGAGCUUGCAAAUCCAAAGGCAACCAAUCUUCCUGCUGUACCUGAAAAAGAAGAACCCCUUCUCCAGUCUAAUGCUGAAAAACAGCAAACUGAGGAUAAGAAAACAAAGUCCAACAACACGACCAUCACUGGGUCUGUUAGAGUAGCCACCACAGCACCACAAACUAAAGCUGAAACUCCACUGGUCAAACUUUUGCCUUCAUCGAAAACCUCACCUGCCCAGAAAUCAGUUGGCUCAGACUCUCCUGCUCUGACUUCAACUGUCACAGUACCGCCAGUUCCAGUACCACGUUCAGCUCCCACUACAGCAUCUCCUGCCCCUGUGACCCCUGUCCCAGUACUGACUGUGGCAGAACUGAUGGUGAAGACUGAACCGGAGCAAGAACCAGAACUUAAAGAUGAAGCUGAAGCAGAACCUGAAGAUGAACCUGAAGUUGAGCACGAGCUUGAGCCAUCCGCAGAACCAAGCGCUGAUGACAAGCUAGAGCUGGCAGAGGAAGAAGAGGGCUCAGUGGACAGUCAAACCCCAGAGAACAUGGCUGUGGAUGAGCCAAUUCCAGUGGAAACAGAACUUCUCGUGGAUUACAGCGGACCAAAAGAACCAGCAAAGACUUAUCAACGCAUCUCUCACGAAAUGGUCAACCUAAUUUGCAGUGAACCCAGUCCAGCAAAAGCAUCUGACACCCUGGAUCUCCUGGCCAAUGAUGUUGAUAUAGUGCACACUGAGGGACACAGCCUCAGCAUUCAACAGCAGAAGGAGGAGAAGGAGAAGCAGACGGAUGAGACAGCCGUGGAAACACAAAGCUUGGCUGAUCCGUUUGAUCCAUAUCCGAUAGGGACUGCAUCCCAUAACAGCCUCUCUGACCUGCUUGAGCCCGUUGCUGAUGUUUCCAUCAACAGUUCAACAACACCAGAGGGGAAGAAGAGUUCAAGUCCAGAAGUCACGUCAGCUGCAGCUGACCUGUCUCAGCUAUCCUGGACGACUAAAUGGGAAAUUCCUAAGCAGACAAACACAGAGGAGAGCCAAGAAGCAGCGACAGAAGACCAGUCUGGAGAUCAACAGACAGUGAUCAAGUUUGAGAAAAAGUCCACAGAGAUUGACUCCCCAUGGAAUAGAUGGACAUCUCCCACUGUUUAUACCAUCUCCAAUACAACGGGAGAUGAGGAUAAGGAGGAAGAGGAAGUAAAAGAGGAAGAAAGCCCUGAGGACUCUCAGAAAGUCACCACCAUCACCACUGUCAGGGAGAUACAAAAUGAGCCGGAGCCCACUAUGGCUCAGUCAGCUAGCCCCUCCACGGCUCUGAUAGAGGAAGAGCGGCGAGUCCCAACACCGGAAUCUGAAACCAAAAAGCCUUUUGUGUAUGUGAAGGAGUAUGUCAAUGCAAGUGACAUGGCCUUGCUUAAUUCCAGCUCAGAUGAUUUUGCGUCAAGCUCCAUCAAUUAUUUGUACAGCAGCCCCUCCAGCUACACCAGGGUCUCGCUGUCGUCCAGCUGCAUGUACUGCGGAAAGCAGGUGGACAACAAUGCUAAAAUCACCAUCGAGCACCUCAAUAUUAACUGCCACCCUGAGUGCUUCAAGUGUGAUGUGUGUAGUAAGCCUAUGGGAGACCUUCUCCACGGUAUGUUCCUGCACCAAAAAAAGGUCUACUGUGAGAGCUGCUACGCCACUGUCAUCUAAUCCUCUGAGCUUUUCAUCACCUCCUUAUCCUUGCCCCCCCCAUGUUCAUUUGCUUAAUAAGAGAUAAUUGUUCUCAAGUUUGCACCGAUUUGUUACUUUGCGGGAACACAUUUUACAGUGCUCAAACAACAUGCAUCUGUCAGUGUGAUAACAUCGUGUGAAGGGUCCGUUUUUUGUUGGGGUGAGAUGUGUUUGCGAUACGGUUAACGAUGAAGGAUGUGCUUUAUGUGUGUGUUUCUUUUUAUGUACAGACUCGCAAUGUCAGGUGGGCUUGAACACAAAUUCAGCAACAAGAGAUUGGCUUUGUUUGAAAAAAUGUUCACUAAUUUUACUCUUCUUCAUACAAAAUAGUGUAUUGAAAUGUACAAUGAAUUGCUAGCAAAAUAAAAUGAUUUAUAAAA